CAAGACAUCUCCCGUCCCAAGCCAAAAGAUCUGGACUGGCCGACAGAUUCCGGAUUGGCGAGUGGGAAAGGCCGGGCCAGAAAAGGGGGACCCGGAAUCCCUGCAUUGGGCUAUGAGAACUCUCUCCGAGGAUUGCUUUAGGAGCCCAGACAACAGGCUGGCUGGGCGGCCGGCUGGCAGGUUCCCGUCUCGCGGAGGCGCUGUGGAAAGGUUGCUGCUGGCGAGAUCCUAGUGAGUGGAUCGUGGAUCCCUUUGAAGGGAUCCCACGAAAUAUAUAUGUCUGAGCGAGAAAGAGAAAGGGGAGCGGCGAGAAACGAGCGAUCGGAGGAAUACUUUUCCAGGAUCUCAUCUCCGCCACAGAUUUGAGCGACCCUUCUCGGCUUUUCUUUUUCCCGGAGCGAUCCUCCCACUCUGAUAGAGCAUCCUGACCGCACCAGCCAGAGCCCUUCACAUCUUUUCAUGAGGAGCUGCCUGUGCUUUGGGAUAUUUAGACUUGUGGCCUUUCUUGUCCUCUGGAAUAUCUGUUGUGGUGACUCUGGUUUAUGGAAGAUGCUGGAAGCCCUGGAGAAACGAAAUGGAUCCUAAAACCAUCAGGAAAACGAAGGAACAAGCAGUGAUAAUGGUUUGGCUAUGGAUAAUGUGCCUUUUUGGCCUAGCAACUUCUCUAGAAGAAAUCCUUUUGGAUACAACAGGAGAGACCUCGGAGAUUGGAUGGACGGCCCAUCCUCCUGAAGGGUGGGAUGAGGUGAGUGUCUUGGAUGACAGGAAGCAUCUGAUUCGAACCUUUGAGGUAUGCAAUGUUGCUGAGCCGGGACAGAAUAAUUGGCUGCGCACUCAUUUCAUAGAGCGUCGUGGAGCCCACAGAGUUCACAUACGCCUCCGCUUUUCUGUCCGUGACUGUGCCAGCAUGAGGACUGUGGCUUCUUCUUGCAAAGAGACUUUUACCCUUUACUAUCAUGAAUCAGAGGCUGACCUAGCCACUGCUGAGCAUCCGGAGUGGCAUGAGGGCCCCUGGACCAAAGUGGAUACAAUUGCUGCCGAUGAGAGCUUCUCUCAGGUGGAUAGUUCUGGGAAGGUGGUGAAGAUGAACGUCAAGGUGCGAAGCUUUGGGCCAUUGACAAAGAGGGGUUUCUACUUGGCCUUCCAAGACUCUGGUGCCUGCAUGUCUCUGGUGGCUGUCCAAGUUUUCUUCUACAAAUGUCCUGCAGUGGUGAAGGGUUUUGCCUCUUUUCCAGAGACAUUUGCUGGAGGCGAAAGGACUUCUUUGGUGGAGGCACCAGGAACCUGUGUGGCUGAUGCUGAAGAAGCCAGCAGUACUGGCUCCUCUGGAGUGAAGCUGCAUUGCAACGGGGAAGGCGAAUGGAUGGUGGCGAUCGGAAGAUGUGCCUGUCGGGCUGGCUAUGAGCCUAUGGACAGCGAGAGAAUCUGCAAAGCUUGUCCCAGAGGCACCUUCAAAGCAUCGGUGGGAGAUGCCCCUUGCAGUCCUUGCCCUAUGCACAGUUAUGCUUCCAUCCCGGGCUCCCGUGAAUGUGCCUGCCAGACUCACUAUUACCGGGCUUCUUCAGACGUCUCAGAUGCCCCCUGUACCAGCAUCCCAUCAGCCCCUCGGGAUCUCAGCUAUGAAAUUAUUGGAUCCAAUGUCCUCCUGACUUGGCGUCUCCCAAAGGAUCUGGGUGGCCGAAAGGAUGUUUUCUUCAAUGUCAUCUGUAAAGUGUGUCCGAAUGGCUCUCCAGGACCUUGUGUCCGUUGUGGGGACAGUGUUCAGUUUGAACCCCGGCAGGUGGGGCUGACCGAAAGUCGAGUGCAAGUGUCCAACCUCCUGGCUCGUGUUCAGUAUACUUUUGAGAUUCAAGCAGUCAACCUUGUGACUGAACUGAGCCCAGAUUCUCCCCAUUAUGCUGCCAUCAAUGUCAGCACCAGCCAAUCAGUCCCUUCUGCUGUCCCUAUGAUGCAUCAGGUGAGUCGCACCCCAAGCAGUAUCACUUUGUCCUGGCCACAGCCUGAUCAGCCAAAUGGAAUCAUCUUGGACUAUCAGCUGCGCUAUUUUGACAAGUCAGAAGAUGAGGACACUUCAUUCACCUUAACCAGCGAGACUAAUAUGGCCACCAUCUCCAGUCUAAGCCCAGGGAAGAUAUAUGCUUUUCAAGUACGUGCCCGGACAGCAGUGGGUUAUGGGCCAUAUAGUGGAAAGAUGUAUUUCCAGACUCUUGUAGGAGGUGAGCGCUCUGAGAUGGUGCAGGAUCGAUUGCCACUUAUUGUAGGCUCAGCAUUGGGUGGAUUGGCCUUCAUGGUAAUUGCUGCCAUUGCCAUCCUGGCCAUUGUCUUUAAAAGUAAGAGACGAGAAACUCCAUACACAGAUCGCCUGCAACAGUACAUAAGCACUCGGGGCCUUGGGGUCAAAUAUUACAUUGACCCUUCUACCUAUGAAGACCCCAAUGAAGCCAUUCGGGAAUUUGCCAAGGAAAUUGAUGUAUCUUUUGUCAAGAUAGAGGAAGUUAUUGGAUCAGGAGAAUUUGGAGAGGUGUGUUUUGGCCGCCUGAAGCCACCAGGGAAGCGUGAAUACAUGGUGGCUAUUAAAACCCUGAAGGCCGGCUACACCGAUGAGCAGCGGCGGGAGUUCCUAAGCGAGGCCAGCAUCAUGGGACAAUUUGAGCACCCAAAUGUUAUCCGCCUGGAAGGUGUGGUCACCAAGAGCCGCCCCGUCAUGAUUGUCACCGAGUUCAUGGAGAAUGGCUCUCUGGAUUCCUUCCUCCGGCAAAAGGAAGGUCAGUUCAGUAUGUUGCAGCUAGUUGGCAUGCUGCGAGGCAUAGCAGCCGGCAUGCGUUAUCUUUCAGAUAUGAAUUAUGUUCACCGGGAUUUGGCUGCCCGCAAUAUCCUGGUCAACAGCAACUUGGUUUGCAAAGUGUCCGAUUUUGGCUUGUCAAGAUUCUUAGAAGAUGAUGCUUCAAACCCAACCUACACUGGGGCCUUGGGUGGCAAGAUUCCCAUUCGUUGGACAGCUCCAGAGGCUAUCCAGUACCGUAAAUUUACAUCCUCAAGUGAUGUCUGGAGCUAUGGCAUUGUAAUGUGGGAAGUCAUGUCCUAUGGAGAGAGGCCCUACUGGGACAUGUCCAAUCAGGAUGUAAUCAAUGCUAUCGACCAGGAUUAUCGUCUUCCACCACCUCCAGACUGCCCUACUGUUUUGCACCUGCUGAUGUUAGAUUGUUGGCAGAAAGAACGGGUCCAGAGGCCCAAAUUUGAACAGAUAGUCAAUGCCCUGGACAAGAUGAUUCGCAAACCAUCUGCUCUCAAAGCGACGGGCACAGGAAAUAGCAGACCGUCCCAACAUUUACUGAGCAACUCACCCCCAGACUUCCCUUCACUCUCCAAUGCCCACGAAUGGCUGGAUGCCAUAAAGAUGGGACGUUACAAGGACAACUUUGACCAAGCUGGCCUGACUACAUUUGAUGUCAUCUCACGCAUGACUUUAGAAGAUAUCCAGCGCAUUGGCAUCAGCCUGGUUGGUCACCAGAAGAAAAUCCUCAACAGCAUCCAACUCAUGCGGGUCCACCUCAAUCAGCUUGAACCUGUUGAGGUCUGACAAACUGAGCACAGUCCAUUUUCCCUUUUAAACACCUGGAGAAUCAAAUGAACAAUUUUUUUUGCUGUCAAAGACAGACAGAGCAGUCCAUUUCAGGCAUGGAUGGGGGCACAGGAAACAUUGCACUCCACUUCACAAACCAGAGAAAAAUUUAUAGAGAUUCUUUGCUUGUUUUUCUUUAUUUUUUUAUUAUAACUUGAAACACUACAAAUCCUGUGUCAUUUAGAGAUGGGUGGUAUUGUACAUUUGGGGUGGGGUGGGGUGGGGUGGGCUGAUAGAACACAGGGUAGAGCUGAAAAAGUACCUUUGGAAUUGGAAAUGCACUCACCGCCACUUCAAUGCCAACGUAUGGGAUUGAACCCAUAACAGAAACAGACACCUCAGAAGAUUAUACUUUGGACUAGCGGCCUGUAAACAGCCAGUUUUUCAGCUGGAGCAAACAAGGUUGAGUUUAAUACAGUGUUGAAAGACUGAGUUGCCAAAAAAAGACCCCUAGAAAGCUUUUGUCCAGCUAGUAGAAUUCGGUGCUGAGAAGAACAGGGGCUCCAGUUUUUUCUUUUAGGCAGUUUUGGUUAAACAAAGCAAGACAGUCUGAAUGCUGUCUCAUCAGGUAGUGCAUUUUGGAUGCUGUUCAAGUUGGCAGAAAUGGACAAAUCCAGACCACGGGACAGAGUCUAGACCAAGGACCUCAAGCUUGCAGCCUAGGAGACAACUACCACUCUCCAAAUCAUUUUCUGUGUCCGGCCAAAGUCCAUGCUUUGUAGGUGCUGAAGACCUAACCCAGCAAGGCCAGAGCACUGAGCACCAAGGAGAAAAAGAACAGCCCAGCAACUACUUCAGCUCAAUGACCUCACAAGUUCUCCUUGUGGGCGCAAGUUUCAUAGGACACGCUCCAAGUCUCUCUUGCAAGCAGUGCAGCCCUUCUGAGACCCCUAGUUGCUCUCACAUUGCAUCAUGGAUGCUGUUUUCUGAGAUGGUGCUAAAUUCGGCUGGUGGGAGCAGCAAGGAAGCAAAGCACAGCCAGAAAAAGAGGUCAGGAGGCUGGGACUGGGGGAAAAAAGGAGGAGGCAGUUGAGAGAAGGGUUGUAGCUGUCUGCCCAUCUGUCUGAUGGGGGCAUAGCAUGGGAAGGACAGAGGGAGGGCAAGCAAGCAAGACCACAGGAGAGAAAAGGAGAGGAGAAGUGGGGAGGGGGAGACCAAAGGAAAGAUGUCCCUCUUCAGCAAGCAGAGAGAAGAAAGAAAGAAGGGAUUGGACAGCUCUUAAUAGGAUGGCUUUCCUACUCUAUAUCAUCCUACGUAUGAUCAUGAAGAAAUAUUGCAUAUCAGCGCAGUAAUAAAAACCAAAUAUUGGUGUUCUAGUUAAUGAAAAAUGCUGCCAGCUAAGUAGCCAAAGUGAAAUAGCUGUUUUGCAGCACUAUUUUGCAAGGAGCUCUGUUUCACGGUACUUUUUAUAUUUAAUAAAUUUAUGUUUAAUGGCGCAAUACUCUUCAUUUUUUACUUCCUAGAUACUUUUGAAUCACGGCAUGAGAAGGCUUGAAGGGUGAGGCCCUCAAGCUAAUAAACUAAUCCCACGCAGCACUCAUCUGAAGUGAGCUUGAGCCCCUGGUCUAGAUGUACCGCAGUUCACGUGAAUGGGAUUUGCACUGGAUAACUUUGUUGUGUAUUGGGCCCCAUAGUAAUUGGUAAGAGCUUGGUGGGAGCAUUUGGAGUUUUAGUCUUAGGACCCGAAGCAUUUUGGGCCACGCGUGGAUUGUGUUUGAUCCUCUGAUAGGAUGUCAACAGCCUAGUUGAAGUAAGAGUAGGUAGCAGUACAGUAUGUCUGUCUCUAGGAAGAUGAAAAGUCCUUCUUUGCGAUGUCCAACUGGAUGUGGAGACCACAGAAACUGAAAUAAAACAUUUUACCAAAAAUACGUUGAUAAGACUUUGUUUGAAUGUGGGAUUACAUUGAUUUUCUGGAAGUUGAAAGAGAGCAGAUGGUUUGCACAAAUAAAUGAUUGAGGAUCUUGCCCACAUUGAGACAGGCUCCAUUGAGAACACAGGGAGGUGAAUGUGAAGCCUUAUCUCCUCC